AGGACUGGCGUAUUUUUGCACAGAUGAUGGACGUUACGGCUGCGUGAAGUGUGGAAAUUCAUACAAGAGGAAAGCUCAUUAUGCCAGGCACCUGAAAUAUGAAUGUGGCGUCGAAAGACAGUUCGUGUGCACCCAGUGCAACUUCAGGUUCAGACACAAAAGACAUUUGACAGUACACAUGAACUCCAGGCGAUGUCUUGUACAAUCUAUGAGACUCGAAUAUGCAUCUGAUUAGUGAUCUAGCAAAUAUUUUUCGGAGGGGUCUAUAUGUUUCAGGUACCCUGUUUGAAUGCAGGAGAUGUGGGAAAGGCUAUAGACAUAAAAGUUCUCUUUACAAACAUACCAAAUGGGAAUGUGGCCUAGAAGGGCAAUUCAGAUGCAAGAUCUGUCACCACGUGUCGAAGCAGAAAGCACACUUUGUUCACCACAUGUUCAGUCGACAUGCAGUUCCUAAAGACGCUCUGAAUGAUAUUAGGCUUAGUUAACUUUUGUUUGUUUUUGGAAAAUAAAACUAUAUUUAUAUUAUUGAGCAUUUAUGGAACCAAAUAUGUAGUUAUAAAAAUAAACAGAUAAAAGUUA